AUGACGCCGCCGCUCAAUGAAUCCAUAUCGACCCUGGCUGGGACACAGCAUCCGUUUCUCAAAGUUCAAGCAACCGUAGAAGAAUCGUCUCAGGUUAAUGACCAGUCAACUCCUUUGGAGUACGUGAAAGUCAUCGACAAACAGUCGUUUGAAUAUGUCAUACGCUCGGGGAUAGCCGGAGGUGUAGCUGGAAGCGCUGCCAAAACAUUGAUAGCUCCCUUGGAUAGAAUCAAGAUUCUCUUCCAAACUUCCAACCCGGAAUUUCUCAAAUAUAGAGGCAAGUUUCUGGGGCUAUUCCGGGCUUCCAGAAGGAUCUGGGUCAACGAUGGUUUCUGGGGACUCUACCAGGGACAUUCUGUAACGUUGUUGAGAAUCUUUCCCUAUGCAUCGAUUAAGUUUGUAGCCUAUGAACAGAUCAGAAACCUAUUAAUUCCUACUGACAGCUAUGAAACAGCAGCAAGACGUUUCAUGGCAGGUUCCCUUUCAGGAUUGGCCUCAGUUUUCUUCACGUAUCCAUUGGAUUUGGUCCGAGUCAGAAUGGCAUAUGAGACAAAGAACUUGCUGUCUGCAUCUCAUCCUCAUCCUCAGCAUCAACAAUAUAUGUCACAUAGACGGGGACGUCUUCCGCUGACGAUCAAGACCAUCUUCAACGAGAAACCACUCCAUAAAGUAAACGAUCCGUCGUGGCUAAAGUAUCUGAGAGAGAGAUUGCCUUCUUCUUUAGUGGCCAUCUCUAACUUCUACCGAGGUUUUGCUGCCACCAUCUUGGGCAUGAUUCCGUACGCUGGGGUGUCCUUCUAUACCCACGACCUAAUCCACGAUAUUUUCCGCUCCAAGUACUUUGCCAAGUUCACCGUUUCGGAUAUUGCUCCCAAAAAUUACCACGUAGUGAAAAGCACAGGCAAUGAAGUUAACUCUCGUGAUUCCAGAAGACCCCUUAAGGCGUACGCUCAAUUGAUAGCAGGGGGAUUGGCAGGAAUGUGCUCACAAACAGCAGCAUAUCCAUUUGAAGUCAUUCGAAGAAGAAUGCAAGUAGGCGGUGCAAUAAAUCUGGGCCAAUUCUUAUCAUUCCGAGCAACAGCCAUGAUGGUAUUCCGUGAAAGUGGUUUCAGGGGGUUCUUCGUAGGUUUGAGCAUCGGCUACUUGAAGGUGAUCCCUAUGGUUUCCUGUUCUUUCUACGUUUACGAGAGAACAAAGGCUCUAUUGGAUAUUUAG